UCGCGCGCCUGCGCACGCAGCGCCUUUUACGGCGCCGUAAAGCAGCUCUGCCCAGCCGAAGGCUGCGGUUCCUGUCUCCCAGCAGGGCGGCGGCGGCAUGGAGGCGCGCUUCACGCGCGGGAAGUCGGUGCUGCUGGAGCGCGCGCUAGCGCGGCCGCGCACGGAGGUGAGCCUGAGCGCCUUCGCACUGCUGUUCUCUGAGCUGGUGCAGCACUGCCAGAGCCGCGUCUUCUCCGUGGCCGAGCUGCAGGCGCGCCUGGCGGCGCUGGGCCGCCAGGUGGGCGCACGCGUGCUGGAUGCGCUGGUGGCGCGCGAAAAGGGUGCCCGGCGUGAGACCAAGGUGCUGGGCGCGUUGCUCUUCGUCAAAGGUGCCGUGUGGAAGGCGCUCUUCGGCAAGGAGGCGGACAAGCUAGAGCAGGCCAACGAUGACGCGCGUACCUUCUACAUCAUCGAGCGCGAGCCGCUCAUCAACACCUACAUCUCCGUGCCCAAGGAGAACAGCACGCUCAACUGCGCCAGCUUCACGGCGGGCAUCGUGGAGGCGGUGCUCACACACAGCGGUUUCCCUGCCAAGGUCACGGCGCACUGGCACAAGGGCACCACGCUCAUGAUCAAGUUCGAGGAGGCGGUCAUCGCUCGAGACCGGGCCCUGGAGGGCCGCUGACGCUGCCGGAGAUAAAGGAUACAGAGAGCCCCUCCC